AUGUUCCACGCCGUUUUGGUGUUCAACAAGCAAUCGAAAAUGCGCCUGCAGAAAUGGUAUUCCUGCGAGGUGGAUCGGGAGCGAUUCACGAAAUCGAUAGUCGAUUUAGUUUGCAACAGGGAUAAGAGCUAUUCCUCCAUCGUCGAGUUUUUCGGAUACAAAAUCGUCUACAAAAAGUUCGCAUCCCUCUUUUUCGCCCUUUGCAUCGACAUGGACGACAACGAGUUCGAUGCUUUGAAUAUCAUUCGACUCUUUGUCGAAAUGCUCGACUCCCAGUUCGGAUCAGUCUGUGAAGUAGACAUGAUCUUUGAGUUUGAAAGAAGUUACCAAAUUCUCGACGAAAUCAUUCUUGCCGGGCAUUUACAAGAAUCAAGUAAAAAAGAGAUCGCCAGAGAGCUUCAUGAAAGCGAUCUCUGGGAUGAGGAACGAGCUGUGCUCGAGCAUUUGAAAGAACUCGGCAUGAUUUAA